GGGCCUCAGGCUGCCUGCCGGCGCGGGCUCUUCCCCUCGGUCACUCCCUUCUCCGAGUUGGGGGCUGAGCGGCAUCCGCGGCCAAGGCCAGACUGGCGUCACGGCUUGUGAGGUUCGGCCUCCAGCGCUGCGGGGCCAUGUCCGGGGCCGGGACCGCCGUGUGAGGCCGCGGCGCGGGGCGGCUGGUCCGGGCCAGGUCCGCUCAUGGUGCCGCCACGACGCCAUCGCGGGGCAGGACGGCCAGGUGGGCUGAGUUCUUCGCUUCUAGAUAGACUGAGAGCUUCCAGGUUUGCAGGCACGGCUCUGGAGGAUCUCAGAGAGGCCUUCAGAACAAGAUUACAAAUGGUUUGUGUAUUUAUCAUGAAUCGAAUGAAUUCCCAAAACAGUGGAUUCAGUCAGCGCAGGCGGAUGGCUCUCGGGAUUGUUAUUCUCCUGCUUGUAGAUGUGAUAUGGGUGGCCUCCUCAGAACUCACUUCGUAUGUUUUUACUCAGUACAACAAACCAUUCUUCAGCACCUUUGCAAAAACAUCAAUGUUCGUUCUCUACCUUUUGGGCUUUGUUAUUUGGAAGCCAUGGAGGCAACAGUGUACAAGAGGAUUUCGAGGAAAGCAUGCUGCAUUUUUCACAGAUGCUGAAGGUUACUUUGCUGCUUGCACAACAGAUGCUACUGUGAAUAGUUCCUUGAGUGAACCCCUGUAUGUUCCUGUGAAAUUUCAUGAUCUUCCUAGUGAAAAGCCUACGAGCACACACGUCGGUACAGAAAAAAAUCCCAAGAAGUCUCGUGUAAGGUUCAGUAAUAUCAUGGAGAUCCGGCAGCUUCCAUCGAGCCACGCGUUAGAAGCGAAGUUGUCUCGUAUGUCAUAUCCCACUGUGAAAGAACAAGAAUCCAUAUUGAAAACUGUGGGGAAGCUCACUGCAACCCAAGUAGCAAAAAUUAGCUUUUUCUUUUGCUUUGUGUGGUUUUUGGCAAAUUUGUCAUAUCAAGAAGCACUUUCAGACACACAGGUUGCUAUAGUUAAUAUUUUGUCUUCAACUUCUGGACUCUUUACCUUAAUCCUUGCAGCAGUGUUUCCAAGUAACAGUGGAGAUAGAUUUACCCUAUCUAAACUGUUAGCAGUCAUUUUAAGCAUUGGGGGCGUGGUGCUGGUAAACCUGUCAGGGUCUGAAAAAUCUACAGGAAGAGACACAAUAGGUUCCAUAUGGUCCCUUGCUGGAGCCAUGCUCUAUGCUGUCUAUAUUGUUAUGAUUAAGAGAAAAGUAGACAGAGAAGAUAAAUUGGAUAUUCCUAUGUUCUUUGGUUUUGUAGGUCUGUUUAAUCUGUUGCUCUUAUGGCCAGGGUUCUUUUUACUUCACUAUACUGGGUUUGAGGACUUCGAGUUUCCCAACAAAAUAGUAUUAAUGUGCAUUAUCAUUAAUGGCCUUGUUGGAACAGUUCUCUCAGAAUUCCUGUGGUUGUGGGGCUGCUUUCUUACCUCAUCCUUGAUUGGCACACUUGCACUAAGCCUUACAAUACCUCUCUCCAUAAUCGCUGACAUGUGUAUGCAGAAGGUGCAGUUUUCUUGGUUAUUUUUUGCAGGCGCGAUCCCUGUGUUUUUCUCAUUUUUUAUUGUAACUCUCCUAUGCCAUUAUAAUAAUUGGGACCCUGUGAUGGUUGGAGUAAGAAGAAUUUUUGCCUUUAUAUGCAGAAAACAUAGAAUUCAGAGAGUUCCAGAAGACAGUGAACAGUGUGAGAGUCUCAUCCCUAUGCAUGGUGUUUCUCAGGAGGAUGGAGCUAGCUAGCUGCUAUGGUCCAUACACAGGUUUGUAGUUUGAUGAUGGAGCAUUAUACAACGCAGAGACAAUCUGGAGAGUUUUUGUAGAAAAAAUGGUUCAGUGCCUAGUCUGAAAAAUAACAGUUUCAGUUCGUUGAAACUCUAAAACAUAUUUUCCUCAUGUCAGUUUUCUUCAUUUUCAUAAUGAAGUAUUUUCUACGUUGUUGUGCACACAUCACUCCAAUUACAUGAUUUUCCAGUUCUCAGUCCCUUGCCAGGGCUGGUCUGCCUUACAUAUCUCAAGGAAUUCACCUGGUAACAUCACUCAAGAAAUCAAGGAAUGCAAUUCUAGUGUUCUGUUGAUGUUAUCUUCACAUACUUGUUUAAUGCUGGGCUAUAGUGUUUUUAAGAAAGCAUGUAAGUGUGUAGAUCCAUAUUUCUGACAGGUAAUAUGCCUGUAAUUGGUACAGAUUAUAUGUUUGAGUUUUAUUGACUAUGGCAAAAACCAACUAUACAAAAAGAGUUUGUGUAUAUUACAAGUAUGUCCAUGCACAUUGGAGGAACUUUAAAGUGAAUAACUAAGAAAGAGUUCUGGUAUACUCACACUACAUACACUGUAUUAUCUUUUCAUAGCUUUAGGUGCCUUGUAUCUUACAAAUGUGACAAACCUUAGCAGAUUUUUAAAGGGGAAAUAUUGUCAAAUGAAAAACUGCAUAUCCCUAAAGGGUGUAUGGCUGUAAAUUUAAUUGAUAAAGCUCUGUUUAAUUUAGAGUUUUAAAAAAAAUUAUUCUCUCUUCAAUUAAGCAAUUUUCAUAAUGGAAUGAUUUAAAUUGAAGUGAUAAAGAGUAUUAUUAAAAUAAAAUGUUUGUAUAUGUAUUUGUGUAUUAAAGAUAUGUAUCAGUUUUGCAUUUUUUUCCACAUAUAAAUCUGUCAAAUUACCCUUGAACUGGAUGCUUUAUCUUUAAAUUAUGUUAGUUUUGCUGCUAAGUAAACUUUAAUACUUACAGUAUCUGAAAGAAAGGCAAGGAAAGAUUCUGCCCCCAAAAUUACAUUUUAAGUUUUCCAAUGUCAAGAUUAAAUUAUAUAUGAAAUAUUUUUAAUUCUAA